AUGAGGAGCUUGGCGGGGACAUGGGUGUUGCCGAAUUGCAGUAAAGUUUCGAUCUUUAAUGGGAAUCUCAGUAGCUCAAGGUUCGGUUCGGAUACCCAAAACUGCGACGUUUUCAAGUCUUCUGCUUUUGUUGCUGCUGCUGCUUCCGUCAGCGGCUCCGGUGCUCAAUACUCCGGUUCAGAGGGGUUGCUUGGUGUGCAAACAAAGAAGAAGAGUAAGGGGAUAGCUGGCAUUGAUCAGGAUGAGCUGGUGGAGGAUCCUAAGCUUUUGGCAGACCCGGAUAGUUGUUUUUGUGAGUUUAGGGGAGUUGAGAUACAUCAUAAGGUGUGUGAAGCACAAUUGGAGGUGCAUGAUGAGAGUGAGAGUGUGUCAAGUGAGGUUAAGAGUGUUGGUCUGCCAAUGAUCUUGUUACAUGGCUUUGGAGCCUCAGUUUUCUCUUGGAAUCGGGUUAUGAAGCCGUUGGCUGAGGCUGUCGGUUCUAAAGUUCUGGCAUUUGAUAGGCCGGCAUUUGGGUUGACAUCAAGGGGGAACUCUGUCAGGGAGUUAUCGUCUGGAAAUGGGGAAUCGAAACCUGUGAAUCCAUAUUCCAUGGCGUUUUCGGUGCUUGCAACUUUGUAUUUCAUUGAUUUUCUGGCAGCUGAGAAGGCCAUUAUAGUGGGGCAUUCAGCUGGUUCUCUUGUAGCAGUUGAGUCAUAUUUUGAAGCACCGGAACGUGUGGCUGCUCUAAUCCUUGUUGCCCCAGCUAUUUUUGCCCCAAUCAUAACACAGAAGGUUGUCAAGGGAUCCCAACCUGGAACAAAUGACCAGACAGAAGGUGACUCAAAUUCAGUUGAUGAUGGGAAUCCUUUUGUCCAGUUUUCCAAGGUUUUGUCCAACAUUGCCAGAUAUAUUUCACAGGCAAUCAUGGGAUUGGUGAAAGGGAUGGCAGUCAUGCUCAACUCUUUGUACAAGAGAUUCUUGUCUGCUCUUCUACGCUCUACUUUUGCGAUAAUGCUGGUAAGAAUGGCUAUCAAUAAAUUCGGGAUCACUGCUGUUAGGAAUGCAUGGUAUGACUCAAAGAAAGUCACUGAUGAAGACAUCAGUGGUUAUACAAAGCCAUUAAGGACGAAGGGUUGGGAUAAGGCACUUGUGGAGUACACAGCAGCAAUGCUCACAGACACUUCAUCCGAAUCAAAACCACCGUUGGCAAAGAGACUCCGUGAUAUCAAAUGUCCUGUUCUGAUUGUUACGGGCGAUAAUGACCGAAUUGUCCCGUCAUGGAAUGCUGAGAGACUUUCAAAAGCCAUACCAGGGUCUUUCUUUGAAGUAAUAAAGCAUUGUGGGCACUUGCCACAUGAAGAGAAAGUUGACGAGUUUCUUUCAGUAGUUAAGAAAUUUUUACAAAGCGCUUUUGAUGAUUCUCCGCAGGAGAGAUUACAAGUUAUUGUUUGAAGUUUGUCUCCUAUAUGGGCUAUACACCAUGUUACUAUUGCCAUGAACAACAUGUGGGUUCGAUCAAGCAUCAGAAUGUCAUUAUAUAAGUUAAGUACAGUAAGUACUAGGGACACAGAUGCUCAGCAAAGUGAAAUACCCAUUCUGUUG